AUGCAGGGCCUGGUGGUGGACCCGGCGGCCGGGGGCAACAUGCUGCGCUACGUCAACGACGCCAUAGGCUUCCCCGAAGGCUACCGCAACACCGUGGCCACCGUGGAGGUGUUUGACUACGCCACGCUGCGGCCCCACAUCUUCUUCUACACCACCGAGGACGUCAAGGCCGGGGAGGAGCUGCUUAUGGACUACGGCGUGGAAUUCCACCGCUUCAUCAAGAGCGAAGCGAGGAGGGCCCAGUCGCUUGUGGAUGCCAGGGAGGGGGCCGCAGCCGCGGUGGAGGCUGUCAGGGACCUGAAGACCAAAAACGGCAAGCUGACCAGGCAGCUGAGGGUUGCCAAGAACGAGUCCUCGGAGCUGAGCACACUGCUGGCGGAGGCCAGGGAUGACGUGGAGAAAGAGCAGCGGCUGGUCAGGGCGGCCAAUGCGCUCGUGGCAGGGCUGGAGGAGGACAAGAAGGACCUGAGCACGAAGGUGCAGAGCGUCUUCUCCAUCAGGACGCCAUGA